GUAAAAUCGAUAGGGUGUGUUGUGUUGGUGUUGUGUGGUGUGUCGUUGGGAGGGGGGAACUCUUGGUCUAGCUUUGGAGCCAUCCCACCAAUCCAUCACCCGAUCACAUUUCAAAGCCCCAACACAUCACAAUUUACACAACACACAUCACAAUUCCGAACUUAGUGUACAACGAAAGUCCAACACACGAAUCAAAUCAGACACACAACACAAACACAACACACACUCACUCUCCGUUAUCCACACACACCAUUACUCUGUUCUGUUCUGUUCUGUUCUGCUCUGUUCUGUUUCCCACCACACCCCCCCAUGGAUUGUUGGUACUCUCCUCACCCUCUCCAUGAUGAAUUCGAGAAGCUUGUCAUUCGAAUGAACCCCCCAAGAGUUGCUGUGGAUAACAUUUCAAGCGGAACAGACACUGUCAUAAAGGUUGAUAGCGCGAACAAGCGUGGGAGCUUGUUGGAGGUGGUUCAGGUUCUCACUGAUAUGAAUCUCAGUGUUAGAAGAGCUUAUAUUUCCUCUGAUGGAGAAUGGUUCAUGGAUGUUUUUCAUGUCACGGAUCAAAAUGGGAAAAAGUUUAUGCAAGAUGAUGUUGCUGACCGCAUUCAACAGUCACUGGGUCCAAGAGCCUCUAGUUUUCGAUCCUUGAGAAGGUCUGUUGGGGUCCAAGCUGAAGCAGAACAUACAACCAUUGAAUUAACUGGAAGAGACAGGCCAGGAUUGCUUUCAGAAGUGUUUGCUGUUCUUGCAGACCUCAAAUGCAAUGUGGUAGCAGCAGAAGUCUGGACCCACAAUUCAAGAAUGGCAUCUGUUGUUUACAUCACAGACGAGGCGACGGGAUUGUCCAUUGACGAUCCGGAUCGCCUUGCCAAGAUUAAGCAGCUUCUACUGUAUGUGCUGAAAGGAGACAUAGAUAAGAAGAGGGCUAACACUGCUGUUUCUGUUGGUUCUACUCACAAGGAUAGGAGGCUGCAUCAGUUGAUGUAUGCCGACCGUGAUUAUGACGUAGAUGAUGGGGAUUCUGGGUCAACAAGUGACAGGAACAAGCUCCUAGUAACUGUUGAUGAUUGCAUAGAUAAGGGAUACACUGUUGUGAACUUGAGGUGUCCAGACAGACCAAAGUUACUGUUUGAUACCGUGUGCACACUCACAGACAUGCAGUAUGUUGUGUACCAUGGAACUGUCAUUGCUGAAGGACCAGAGGCAUAUCAGGAAUAUUAUAUAAGGCAUGUGGAUGGAAGUCCUAUCAGUUCUGAAGCAGAAAGGCAAAGAGUGAUUCAUUGUUUGGAGGCUGCUGUUAGGAGACGAACUUCUGAGGGUAUAAAGCUAGAAUUAUGUGGGGAAGACAGGGUUGGCCUUCUGUCUGAUGUAACUCGCAUCUUUAGAGAAAAUGGUCUUUCAGUCAACCGUGCUGAAGUUACAACCAGGGGCAGCCAAGCCAUGAAUGUUUUCUAUGUGACUGAUGUAUCUGGAAAUCCAGUUAAGAGUGAAACAAUUGAAACAGUUCGAAAAGAGAUUGGCUUGACCAUACUGCAGGUAAAAGAUGAUGUCUGCUCUAAACCUCCACCGCAAGAGAGUGGAAAAUUCUCUCUGUCUAAUCUCUUUCGGUCAAGCUCUGAGAAAUUUCUCUACAACUUGGGUUUGAUGAAGUCUUAUUCUUGAACCUAGAGUAUUUCCAUAAUUAGGAGCUAUAUGUAAUGCUUUAAUUUGUAAACAGUAGAUCUUAGUUUAGCCUAGGUAGUCUGCUUUGAAUCCCAUUGCAAUGCUUUACGGUAGAUCUUUCUAGAUUUGGUGUAAGUUGUAAUUAGAUGUCAGAUUCUAGAGUUUGAUCUAGGCAUGUUUCUAAGUGAAUUGUAUAUUAAUAUGCCUUUGUUACAUUCUUCUCAGACUCUAAUUAGAUGUCAAGCUGUAGAGUUUGAUCUAGGCAUGUUUCUUGGUGAAUUGUAUAUUAAUAUGCCUUUGUUACAUUCUUCUAGUCUCAAGCAUUCUGGAGUAGAACAAUAAUACAGGGUGUAUAUGUUGUCUUUUCUUGAAA